GUCAUUCAGAUAACCAUGAAGAUCUCUAUCUUUGCCGGUUUUCUGCUGCUCUCUCUGUGCCAACUGAGCACCGGUGCUAACUUCGGUAGUGUUAGCAUUAGGGGGAUUGGUGAUAAUAAGUUUGAACAAGAGAAUAUCGUGGCUAACCUAUGCACCCAGGUGAUGAUGGACAGAGGAUUCGCUUUCCUGAACAAAACCACCUGUAAGCCGGAGAAAACCUUCAUCAAAGCUCCAGUGGACGAGGUCCGAGCCGUCUGUGGGGGGAAAGGAAGUGGAGUCAGCAAAGAGAACUUUAAACUGGUUGAGUGUAAAGUUGAUCCUGCUCAUAACAAGCCUCCCAACUGUCAGUACACGGUGGAGGAGGUGGAGAAGAAAAUCCUGGUCACCUGUGUCAAAAACCAACCUACUGAGUUUAAAAUAAAACAGUAAUCUGUUACUACCUGAUGAAUCAGAGUAAUCUGUUACUACAACUGA